AUGGCUGGCUUUGUGGCUGCCUUAAGAUUGGCUGCCUCAACCAAUCCCAUCGAAAGGAUGGGUGCAGCGCUUGCAAAGGCAAAGGUGCCUCGGAACACCCCGGCGGCACCGGCGAAGCUGGAAAGUCAGGGCAACCGUGGUAUUUUCACGGCACGCGCAUCCAUGGAACUGUCCGCCUCGAAGGAGGGACGCCUGGGGCCUGGCGUUUAUCUGGUGGAGUCCUGGGAGCUCGCAGCGACAAUCGCGCGGCACCGUGGCCAUGAUGGGAACGCUUGCGUGGUGGUCUGUGAAUGCUCGGACCGAGCACCCAAGAUUGGCAUGCACCCAGCUUGGGCCGGGAUUCCGAAGCCAUUCAAGGAGUAUUGCUGCCGAGAAGACUGCAUUCGCGUGGUUGCCGUGGAGCUUGUCGACAAGCACACGAAAGCUCCAAACAGGCUGUAG